GUUGUAAGCGCAAAAGAUUGUAAGUGCAGCAUUUUAUGUUUUGUGAGACAUUGAUAUUGUGUUACAAUCAUGGCUGCUUUCAAUCUGUGGAUUGGUACGUUAUUUGUGUCGUCUUUUCUGUGGUUGCAAACUGCAGCGUGUGGCAUCUCUACACAUAUUGAGAUCGCCCAUAGAGCUUUGGAGUUCUUCACUCAACCAGAAGAAAACUUUAAUUACAGAGAGCUAAUAAAGAAACAUCCUGAAGCAUUCCAAGCAGGAAGUGUUUACCCAGAUGCUUUCUAUCAGGGCAUCUGUGCGGAAGGAAAAUACCAUGAUCUCUCUGAAGAUUCACACUGGACUCCUUUCUUGAAGGCCAGUAUUAACUACAUAAGGAAAGUCUAUCCACGGCCAUGGGAUGAGAAUGCACAGAAGCUGGUGUCUUUCAUAUUUGGUAUCGCCUCCCACAUGGUGAGUGAUGUGAGUUGGCACAGCCUGGACAUUGACCAAGGGUUCCUCAGGGCUAUGGCAGAAAUGGAUUUUCAUGGCUCGUAUUCAGAAGCUCACCAAGCAGGCGAUUUUGGGGGCGAUGUGCUUAGUCAGUAUGAGCUUGACUUUCAUUACCUAGAGGGAAAAUGGUACAUACCAGCAAAGGACCUUGCCAAUAUUUACCGUGAAUUUUAUGGCCAGACAGUUAUAAGUGAGAGUACAAUCGUUGACUGCACGUACAUACUUUUCCUUGAGAUGUAUGGUGAAUUCUAUGCUGUUGCCAAGCUGUUCCCGUCCUAUGCACGACAAUCACCCUUCUUGGUGGAAAGAUUCCAUGAGUAUUUUCUUGGUGGUGUAGAUGACAUGGCAUAUUGGUCUACAAAUAUCUUCCAGCUAACUGGCCUGAUGUUAGAUAAUGGCACAAGUGUCUGUUAUGUUCCUGAAAACCCAAUCUUCAUACAGUGCAAUAUCCAGAAGAGGGAAAGACCAUUCUCAGGAAAAAUACGAAUGAAAGCAAAUACUUACCACAAGAAUCCUAUGCCCUCAAUCAUGAGGACAGUUGGAGCUAAUAUAACAACAAUGGAAACAGGAGUCUUCUUUCAAAUGAAUUCAUGGGCCAAGAAUUCACUCCAUAUAUUAAGCAAAGCAGUUCAUGCAAUGAACAUAAAGAAUAUCAUAAAUUCACAAUCUUCCAAUCAUGUUUCAACUCCUUCUGCUACCUACUUUGUGGAAUCGCCUUACGCAAGACUUGGAUGGGCUUUGACAACAGCUGAUAUUAACCAGGAUGGACAAGACGAUUUAAUAGUUGGGGCUCCAGGUUAUAGCACACUGGGCCAUGUUCAAGUGGGCCGUGUGUAUAUUGUGUACAGUAAUGAUACAGGACUGCCUUCUGUCAACAUGGACCUAGAUAAAGAUGCAGACAUCUUGUUGCAAGGCUCUGAGCUGUCUGGCAGGUUUGGUUCUUCUGUAGCAGUGCUGGACUUUAAUGCUGAUGGACAUAUGGAUGUAGCAGUAGGAGCUCCAUCCGUGGGGUCUAAACAUCUCACGUACACAGGGUCAGUGUAUGUGUAUUUUGGAUCCAAGAAAAGUGGAUUGUCCUCUGAGCCAAACAUCACCAUAAAAUGCAGGCUCACAUAUUGUAACCUGGGCUGGUCCCUGCUCGCUGCAGACAUCAAUGGAGAUAAUAGGAAGGACCUUGUUAUUGGCUCUCCUUAUGCUCCUGGCGGAGGGAAGCAGAGAGGCUUGGUUGCUGCUUUUUAUUCAAAUCGCAAAAGAAACAGAAGAGGUAGUUUAUUAGCAGAGGAAGCGGACUGGAGUAUUGUUGGGGAGCAUGAUUAUGCUUGGUUCGGUUACUCCUUGCAUAGUCAUAGGCUCGGAAAUAAAACAUUGCUAAUGGUUGGGAGUCCAACAUGGAGCAAGUGCAAGAGCAGUGACUGUGAAUUUUCUUCUACUGGCUCUCAAAGUGUUGGAAAGGCCUAUGGUUUCUAUCCCCCAAGUACAAAUGCCACAUUCCUUAUACACGGAGAGAAAGAACAAAGUAAACUGGGUUCAUCAUUUGCAAGUGGAAUUUUAUCAAUCAAUGGAGUUCGUAAGCAAGUGCUAUUGGUUGGUGCACCUUCUCAAAGCACCACGUAUGGGUUUGCAUUCAUCUCCAGAGAUUUACAUCAAGCUGGGAGAGUUACAGUGUAUGAACUGGGAGCAGGAGCCGAGCCCUCAUCCCUACACAGUUUGAGUGGAGACAGAGAGUUUUCUCGCUAUGGUGCUAAUAUUCAUUUAAAUGAUCUAGAUAACGAUGGCCUUGAUGAAGUAAUUGUGACCGCUCCUCUAAGGACAGAUGACAUUACAUCCAUGCUGUAUGGUGUUCAGGCUGGGCGCGUCUACAUCUACAAUGGAAAUGUCACAUCUCCAGGUUUUUUGUCAAAGAGCUGCAAGUCAUGGAUUUCACCAUGUCCAGAGGAACGGGCACAAUAUGUACUGAUAUCUCCAGAAGUAAAAUCAAGGUUUGGAAGUGCUGUAAUUACAGUCAAGUCAAAUAAAACGAGAACAGUUGUUGUAGCUGCAGAAAGAAGUUCCAUGAAAGCAAGACUUGCUGGCACCCUUUAUAUUUACAACCUAAGCUAACUCAAAAUAUUCUUAAAGGGACAGUCUAAUCAAAAAUAACAUUUCAUGAUUCAGUAAGGACAUGUAAUUUUAAACAAUUUUACAAUUUACUUUAAUCAUCAAUUUUGCUUUGUUCUCUUGGUAUUCUUAGUUGAAAGCUAAACCUUGGUAGGCUCAUAUGCUAAUUUAUAAGCCCUUGAAGGCCGCCUCUAAUGCCUGUAGACAUUUUUUCACAAAUAGAGGGCAUUAGUUCAUGUGUGCCAUAUAGAUAACAUUGUGCUCACGCUCGUGGAGUUACCUAAGAGUCAGCACUCAUUGGCUAAAAUGAAAGUCUGUCACAAGAACUGAAAUAAGGGGCAGUCUGCAGAUGCUUAAAUACAAGGUAAUCACAGCUGUAAAAAGUGUAUUACUAUAACAGUGUUGGUUAUGCAAAACUGGGAAUGGGUAAUAAAGGAAUUAUCUAUCUUUUUAAACAAUACAAAUUCUGGUGUAGACUGUCCCUUUAAGCUUUAUCUGCAAUUAAUGGACUUAUGGUUCAUCAAUGAUAAAAUCACUUGAUACAUUGUUGUCCGUUUAUGCUUUUUCUACAUGCUAGAGUCUCAUCUAAUUUUCACUACCAGAUGCUUGAUCGUUAUAUUAGUUAAUGAAAAACCUUUCUAACUCGCUUGUGUCAUCAGUCUAAUGGAUCAUAUUAUUAUUGUUAUAUCUACUGUAUUGUUAUAUAUACUGUAUUGUUAUAUAUACUGUA